AAUUUUUUCUACCUCCCCUGGUUCGCUCCCUCGUCUGCUCUCAUCCCCUCCCCUCUGCUUUGCUGGCUUCUGGGGUGUGAAGUUACGAUUUUGCCCCCCGGUGGGCCCCACCUUUAUAAUUUUUUUCUAGAAACACCGUCCUCUCUCUGUUUUUUUUUUCUCUCUCUCACCGAAACCCUUUCGUUUCUGUAUUCGCCUCUCUCUCUCUCUUUUUUGACGGCUCUGACUCGUGCUGACGUGGCACGUGGCAAAGGACCCAUCACAGCCGUCGAUAUGUCGCUCAGCGAGAAGCUGGAGGCGGCACGUGUAGCGCUCGGCAAGCGCAAGGAGCGGGAGCUCCUGGCUCAGGCUCCUACCAAAGCUUUAGCCGAGCCGGGCACAGAUAAGCCGGCUCCGGUACCUGCCAGCAACAAGCUCCUAGCCGGGCACCUGGCGCACGAGUUCCUGACUCGCGGCACGCUGCAGGGCCGCCGGGUCGCGCCUGAGCCGAAGCCGAGCCAAGCUGCCCCGUCCUCGGAGAUUCCCGGCGAGCCCAAGCCCGAGACCGACGCCGCCAAGAGGAUGAGGUACACCGAGGUGUCGUGGCUCCUCAUGGCGAGCGGGGCCCGCGUCCCCGGCGUCGUCAACCCGGCGCAGCUCGGCCGGUGGCUCCAGAUAAAGGAGUGACGUCGCCGCGCGCCGCCCGUGCGACCCCAGGUGGUUUUCCCCUUUUCACCGGAGAACCAAACACAUCAACAAGCGGUUUCUUCGUCUCCUCCUGCUCCUCCUCCUCUUGUUUAGAUUUUUUAGAUCUAGCGAGCGGAACAAAAAAAAAGGGCCUUUGGUGUACUAGCUAGCUUUAUUCGAUUGGAAGUAUUGUUAUUCAAAACCAGAGACCAGAAUGGUCCAGCUUUCUGAUGGAAAGCGUGAUUUGUUGUACUACUAGUUCCCUACCUGUAUCAUUCAUGUGCAUGCGAUGUUUGGUUU